UUUUGCUUUUAGAGAGAUGGCGGAUUAGGGGGGUUGAGACUGGUUUCAUAUGUCGACAGAAUAACGCACACAGGAGCAGGGAAAGAGAGAGGAAGACAGAAGGAGAGGAGAGGAAGGAGGGGGUUAAGUUCACAAAUUCAAGGAAUUGCAGUUUGAUGGCGUUGUCGGAAGUUUCAAAGAAUGGAGGAAAAAAUUAAAAAAAUAACCCGCUGGGGUAUCAUAAAGGCGAAAUUGAUGACAAAUUGAUGCACCCCAAAAUACAUUCAAGGAUUCAAUGAACAUGUUUUAAAAUGUUGGAAUGAGGAUUAAAGAACUUUGAUGACGGGGUUUGAAUGUAGUUGAAGAAGAAGCUGAGGUUGCACAAUUUUCGGAUUCGCUUUUCCAGUGGAAAUCUGGACGGAGGAAAAAAUGUGGCAGACAGAUACAUUAGGAACGAUGUGAGCUGAGACGAGCAGUGACUUUUAUAAUGUGUAUAAUAUUUCAAAUCCCUUUUGGAUUUGCGCAUUGACUUUUUUUUUUACGUUUCUUUUUCAAGCGCUGGUCGGACGGAGGAAAACUUUUUUUUGUUUAUUCCAGAAUGAGCAUGGACUUUUAUCGAAACGUCAGCUGUAGCAUGGCGUUAGUUUUCUGCUAACCUAUUUGAAUACAGUCAUAAAGAAGAUACUUUGUAGCCCGAACACUUUUCUCAAGAAUGUCGGGAUUUUGAGAGAGAGAUGCAGUGAGCCGUUAUUGGACUCAACAAUGUGGCCAACUUCAAUGAGGCCUUAUUGUAUUUUUAUUGCAACAAUUGCCAUAAUCGGUAUCCUUGUGGAUUGUAACCUAAAUUAAUUUAUUGUAUUUUGCAGUGAAAUAAAUCAAUAAUAUGUUGACAUCGGUUAGAGUUAAGACAAAUAAAAUCAAUAUCUAUUUGAUGGCUUUUUCCCGUUGUUGGUAAAGGUUUUGAUCGGGUUUCCACUCGUACUGUACAGCUCACCCAGGAGGACUGCAGUUUGGUGGAUGAAAGAUUGGAGACACAUUCUACUGGGAGUCUGGCACGGGACAACGACUCCAAAUCAACGGACCAGUCCCGGGACAGGCUGCUCGUUCGAGCGCCCGGUGGUCGCCCUACAUGACACCCUGCACUCAGAAGAUCCUGAUUGUUGAGGAUUUAACCCAAUAACCCUGGAAUCUAAUCUGAUUCACUUUUUUUUGGUGCGAUAACCCGCAUCGUAUCCUGUUGUAGGCUAUGCUAUGCCUGUGUAAACUGUGACCAGGCAGGUAUGCAGUUGAACCGGCCGAAAAGCGCUUUAGUGACGAGCUUCAGCCCGCCGAUGGCCCCGGAGACCGCAGCCAAUAGGACUACCAGUUCCGUUUCCUUCUCCAGCCAAUUCAAAACCAUGCGCUUCUCCUACCACAUCAGCAGCGGCAUGCCAAGUCCACAACAACCGCUGCGCGGGAUACGCCCGUCCUCUUCCAGUCCUCGGCUGAUGACUAAGAGCUUGUCUCUGGAUCCUGGUGCUCACGGUGCCUGCCUCGGUGCCAACGCCGAUGACUCAGACACCCGGACCCCUCGUCUAAGCUCAGACCCCGGAUCCCUGACCUCCGGGUCCCUUGGUCUGCACCCAUCCAUGCCCCUGCUGCACCCCGCUGGACACGGCUGUAACGGAGGAGACAAUGAGAGUGGAACUCCUCAAGAAGUGCCCUCCACCGCCCUCAAGAGACGUCCUCCCUUACCUGGGCCAAAACCACAAGUGCCCCCAAAGCCUCCUCACCUGCAGCAGAGUGCUGGUGCUCCUAGGCCCUGCCUCCGCGCCCCGGACAAGCCCCUCCCACCUCCUCCACCCUGCAGACCUCUUCCUGCAGACCCCAGAGGGGGAGGACCCUGCCGACCGCCGACACUCCCCCGUGCCGAGGGAAGCUCCUCCCCCACCGCCUGUGUGCUCUCCCUCAUUGAGAAGUUUGAGAGGGAGCAGAUCAUUGUGGUGCCUGAUAUCAUGGGAGGGGGUCUCUGCACCCCCAGGGUCCCGGAGACAGGACCAGGUGGGGUCCCCUUCUCUCCCCCAGUCUCAGAGCUCACUCUGGGCUGUCUCCACGUGGCCUGCCCCCCUGGUCCCUCUCAAGAGCUGGAUGACCUACCUCAGGGGCUGGCUGUAUUGGCUGGCGUGGUGCUGGGAGAGAAAGCAAGGGAGACAGACAACAUGGAGGAGGAUAAGGAUAAAGAACCAGAACUAGGAGCGUUGUGCUCUGCCUCUGACAAGCGCCUGUCCAUGGAGUCCGGUUAUAGCGCCUCGGAGAAACUCACAGACGCCGUGGAGAUAAGGGGUCAGGCGGAGUCAGAAAGCCAAUCAGGGAUCCCCUCAGACAACUUGUCCCUCCUCCAGCCGCAAGCGGACGGCAAACUGGCCAAUCGAGACUCUGGCAUCGACAGCAUCAGCUCUCCGUCCCACAGUGAGGAGUUGUGUUUCGCCGGCGACGAGGACCGGGUCAUCUACCCGUGUAGUCCUGCCCUCACGCUGCCACGCCUCUCUAGCUCCUCCUCCUGCAGCUAUGCGGAGGGCCCGGGGGGAGAGGGGGCGUCGGCUGAGGGUGGGGGGGAUUCGGAGGGGGACAGUGACCUGGAGGAGGGGAGCGGGGAUGAGACCAUUGAACUCAUCAACCCCAUGAUGGAUCUGCAGCCUCUGGCACUGGCCCUGCCUAAAACAGACAGACAGGACUCUACAGAGCUGUCGGUGCAGCAGCGUGUGUUCAACAUAGCCAAUGAGCUCCUCCACACAGAGAAGGCCUACGUGUCUCGGCUGUACCUCCUGGACCAGGUGUUCUGCUCCUCCCUCCUGGAGGAGGCGCGCUCCCGCUCCUCCUUCCCUCUAGACGUGGUGAUGGGUAUCUUCUCCAACAUCUGUUCUAUAUACUGUUUCCACCAGCAGUUCCUGCUCCCCGCCCUGGAGAAACGCAUGGCAGAGUGGGAUUUGAACCCGCGCAUCGGGGACAUCCUGCAGAAGCUAGCCCCCUUCCUGAAGAUGUACGGAGAGUACGUGAAGAACUUUGACCGGGCCAUGGAGCUGGUCAACACCUGGAUGGAGAGAUCGUCCCAGUUCAAAGCCAUCGUCCACCACAUCCAGAGAGAGGAGCGCUGUGGUAACCUGACCCUACAGCACCACAUGUUGGAGCCGGUUCAGAGGAUCCCUCGCUACGAGCUGCUGCUGAAAGACUACCUGCACCGUCUACCUGGUGACCAUGAUGACUUUAAGGAUGCACAGAAAUCUCUGGAGUUGAUCGCCACAGCUGCAGAGCACUCCAACACAGCCAUCAGAAAGAUGGAGCGUAUGCGUAAACUGCUGAAGGUGUAUGAGUUGCUGGGAGGAGAGGAGGACAUCGUUAACCCUACUAACGAACUCAUCAAGGAGGGACACAUCCUCAAGCUGUCGGCCAAGAACGGCACCUCACAGGACAGAUACCUCAUCCUGUUCAAUGAUAGGUUAUUGUACUGCGUCCCUAAACUGAGGUUGAUUGGUCAGAAGUUUGGUGUGAGAGCCAGGAUUGAUGUGGAUGGGAUGGAGUUGAAGGAGAGCAGCAGUAUUAACGUUCCCAGAACCUUCCUGGUGUCAGGAAAACAACGAUCACUAGAGCUACAGACCAGGACUGAAGAAGAGAAGAGAGAUUGGAUCCAAGCUAUCCAGGCCACCAUUCAGAGACAUGAACAGACGCUAGCCACGUUCCACCAUCUCAACUGUUCUCUCCGAGAUGAGGACUACACUCCUCCCAACUCACCUAACUGUAAUGAGCUGGGUAAGCGUGCCCCCACUCCGAUCCGAGAGAAGGAGGUGACCCUGUGUAUGAAGUGCCAGGAGCCGUUCAACUCCAUCACCAAGAGACGUCACCACUGCAAAGCCUGUGGACACGUGGUGUGUGGAAAGUGUUCAGAGUUCAGGGCCCGUCUGCUCUAUGACAACAACAGGGCUAACAGGGUGUGUAUCGACUGCUACACAACUCUAGUGGGGGUACCCCCCUCCCCCGCCAGUCUGACCAGCAGCGCAUACAGAAGACGGUCAAUAUUAGAGAAACAGGCGUCAGUGGCUGCAGAGAACAGUGUGAUGUGUAGCUUCCUCCACCACAUGGAGAAGGGAGCAGGCAGAGGCUGGCAGAAAGCCUGGUUUGUCAUCCCAGAGAAUGAACCGCUGGUGCUGUACAUAUACGGUGCUCCUCAGGAUGUGAAAGCCCAGCGCUCUGUCCCUCUGAUUGGCUUCGAGGUCUCCCUUCCUGAGUCAUGUGACCGCAUGGAACGCCGCUUUGCCUUCAAAAUCAGCCAAUCACACCUUACACUCUACUUCAGCGCCGACGGGGAGGAGCUACAGCGCCGCUGGACAGAGGUCCUAUCGCGCGCGGGGAGAGGGGAGGAGCUACAGGAUCACGGUUCAAUCAUAGAGACCCUAGAGGAGGAAGGGGAGGAGACUGCAACCUCGGGAGAGAAUACGUGAUUGGUUAGAAGGCGUAAAAUCAGUAUUAGAUAAUCUGCUGUAUACUCAUAAAAACUACAAACUAGAAACUACAAACUGUACAGAUCAUGAGCAGCACAUACGCACAGUUUAAAACUUACAAACAAACAAACAAACAAACAUACACACAGACACACAGACACACACCUCUCUGUAUUUAAUGUCAGUGACCAGUCAGUUGCAUGAUAAUCUGCAGGUCCGUUUCUUUCAGUCAGUGUAUUGCUCAUCGUCUCAUUAGUGAACCAGUGUUUGCAAUAACAAAACAAUGCCAGUCAAAGUAAAGUGUUGCUGCCCUCCUCCCUUCAGAAGAAACACAUUACAUGAAGAUUAGUGUGUCAUAGGUGAUUUUUUUUACAUUCUUUCAUUCUGAGAACGGAACAGACAUCCUCCUCCGUACCAUUUUCCUCUGCCAAAAUCCAUGUUGAUGAUGUCAUGUUUAGAACAUUGAGUGGUUGCUAUGCUGUCUGAGUGUUCUAGGGUUCUGAGUGUUCUGAGUGUUCUAUGGUUCUGAGUGUUCUAUGGUUCUGAACGUGUGUAACUCUCCACAGAAGGAAGUAGAAAGCUGAUUAUACACUACAGCUCUGUUUCAGUGUCUGUUCCUCCAUGUGAAAUGGCUGUUGUUUGGAUGGUGAUUGUUUUGCUAUCCUAUCUGUUACUUUCUACCUAAUGCAAUGCGAUGAUUCCUGAAGGGCUGGACAGUGUUGGAAUAUGAUGAUGGACUGAGGGCUAACUGACCCCUGGACGGACGGACGGACGGACAGAGACUGUCCCUGAAUCCCUGGCCCUUUGGCUGAAGAGAAGAGGAAACAAUAUGGCUGCCUGCUACAACUGCCCCCUCCCGAGUCUGAUCCUGGGGAUGUUAAGCUACAGAUGGAGGAUCGUAAUAUGAGACAGUUUGCUACAGCUGGAAUCCUGCAGCAACAGGAUAUGUGAAUUAUUACGUGGAUUAUAAUGAAUGAACCUUUUUUUUUUUAGUAGGGGUUGAUAAAGAAAAUUGUUACGCCAAAUCAAGUCUGAAAUUUUAAAGUGUAAAUUUCAAACCUUAGAAGUGUUUUUAAACCUUGAAUAUACUACAACUUUGCACAAAAGAGUGAUCAAAUGAAGAUCCUACAUCUGUAUAGCCUUUCACGUCUGUUCUGGGGGAUGUGUUUCAGUCUUACAGUCUCCAAGUGGUAUCCUUCCUCCUCAAGCACUCUCUCUCGUCGGGUUCGGCUGUAUAGAAUUUAGAAUACAGAAUUCCCAAUUUGAAACGGUCCCUUUUUAUGGAAAACUGUUUGUUUAGUUCUUGUACGGGGCUAAUUGUUUUGUACAUAGAUCGUGUAAAGAGGAUGUUGUUACAUUACCACAGGUAAAGACUAUUGAAAGAAGAUUUAAGAAAAAUAUAUAUCAUUUUUGAGGUUUGACUCCAAUUGAAGAAGUUACGUGUCUGGCCCUUUUCUCACUUUUUACAAUUAGAUACAGUGUUUUUAACCUUUAAGAAAUUCCCUCGAUGCCCAUGUUAUCUCUAGAACCAAGGGCCCAGUGAUGAAUAGAGGGAUUGAACCCCGUCUAUAUCUGAAAACAUUAUUUAUUAAAAAAGCAGAUAGUUAGUUCCUGACUUGCAGAAUCUUUCUGACUCCCUAAAGCUGAACGCUUAAAAAAAAAUACAAAAAAUACGUUGGUCCCAAUGGCUUGACAAGUGUUAUAACACACCACUCUGCCACCUAGUAGAGACAGACUGUAUUACACCUAAGAGCAUCUGCAGAAAGCAGGGAAUUAGUUACAGCCUGUUUGUCCCUGGAAGAGACAGGGUGAGGAGGUAUAGAAAGACUGAUGAAAUACACGACUGUCCAUAAAAUCAUUUCUCUUUCUAAAACAUGGUAAUAUAGCUGGAGCUUGUCAUGUCAGAGAUGGAUUUAUGAUAUUGUACUAAUGAAGUCCUUAUUAGAGACAUUGAGAACGUCUUCCCAAUCUCCACUGAUCUGUUUAGGCUACGGUACUUUGGUAUGUGGUGAUGUUGUUGAGUGAGAGAAAGCAUGUUGUGUUGACAUGUUUACAAUAGAGAGAGAGAGAAAGAGUGAGUGAGUGAGAGAGAGAGAGAGAGAGAAAGAGAGAGAGCGAGAGAGAGAGGGAGAGGCAGCGGCGGGGGAGGAGUCUAAGAGAUUUCAGAAAUGGCUUGUGUUUUGUAUCAUUCUAACCAGUGGUAUCUGACUUUAUGAGAGUGUUUUACUAGUUAAUACAGAGUACAGAAUGAUACAGUAUAUAUGAAAUAGCAAAAAAGUAGAAUAUUUUAGAUGUUUUGAUGAAUCUGGGUUGGUUGUGUAUGUUUGAAAAUAUAUAUAUAUUUUUUUUUUACGUGCAUUUGCAUUGUAUAAUUUAUUCUCCUCUCGGCCCAGUUUUGUGGGUGAGGUGUAGGUCUAUAUGUGUUAUUGCUGUCAUGUUGGUGCUAUCUAGAUUGGACUUCAAAUUAUCGUGUUUGAACUACUUUUGGACAUCCCAGAACUUCUCAAUGACCACUAACUACAGUAUUAGUCUGAAGAUGACGAUGUCAAUUAACAUAACGUAAAGGGACUAGAUACUAGCCUGGUACCAGGUCUAUUUGUGCUGUCUCGCCAACUCAUCCAUAACAACGUUCCAUUGAAGUUGGCAAGAGAGCACCAACAGAUCUGGGACCAGGCUAAACUGACACAUUGUCUUUGUUUUUACUCCUAAACUAGUAACUCAACGUGGUGAUUGGCUCGAUGGACGAAUUCAAAAGGUAUAUAUUUUUUUUAAAUACAGCUGAACAAUUGUGUUGGAUUGAUAUUGUUUUGUUAUUGUUUCUCUUUGUUGUCUGAGAGAAGCAUUCAGUAGCUUAGCUACAGUAUAAUAACGCCAGAUAGACAAGACCAGAUAUAAGGUGACGUGUGUAAAUAUUGACAUUCCAGUGUGUACUUGACUUGCCGUCCAUCCAGCCUCUACUGUACCUAGCCUGGUCCCAGAUCUGUUUGUGCUGUUUUACCCAACUCUGUGACAACUCUUGAGUUAGCAAGACAGUUACAAACAGGUCUGAGACCAGGCCCGCACACUUCAUGUGCCAAGAACACCGAUUCAAAGUGUUGGUUUAAAUCUGAAUACCUAUACAUUAGGUUACGUUAAUCCCCACAUCCCCUCUUUGAAAGAGCGUUCAUGUUGAAUUAUAGCAGUGCCAUACCUCCUUUUAUCUAUCUGCACUAUAGAGUGUUGAUGAGUGUCAGUCUUCUCUACAAACAUCACAGACAACAGGACCAUGACUGUCUGCACAGAUAACAAUACUGGCGAUAAAGUUUAUAUAAAUUAGUAUGAUGGGACAGCUACUUCCUGUCUCAUUACAUUACCAUGGUAACAGUUACAACAUGCCUUACAGUACAGUCUUAUAGCUUCUUAGACAUUAUCCGUCAACACCGCUUUAUGUUACCUCUGCUUUUACCAAUGUACACUUAGGGAUACUACGAUACGAUUGAGGCUCUCAGUCCAUAUUUUUAUUUGAUUAUUUGUGGUGGGUUUUUAUCUGCGUUUUGUAUUCAUUUAUUGGUUUUACUCCAAAGUAUUUUUUUAAUUCACCUGAUGCCCGGUAAUAUUGAACCUUCAAACAAAUCCAAAUUCAAAUGAAAUAAUUUGACAGUAGAAUCACUAAUAGGAUAAUUGUAUACUGCUAGAAUAUAUUCAGUAGUGGUAUAAAUCCUGGAUUUUUCUUGAAUCAUGAAUUCGGAUUAAAUUUGGAUUUUUGUUUGUGUACCAAAAAUACCUGUGCUCUGUUUUUUUUUUUUAUUUUUUUUUUUUACACAACAUUCCCAUUGGAAUACACUACAGUACGUUUUAUAUAUAGACGGAUUCAUUUCCCAAUACUUCCAAACAUAUUGCUGAACUGUAUUGUAAGACAUGAUUCUGUUUGUUUACAAUGUAAAGGUCAUAAGACUUUAGGUACUCAUGCGUUCAAGGACAACUGCUCUGUGCCUCGUGUGACGAUCAGGAAUCUGCAAUGUUUGGGGAACUUUACCAACUAUCUUUACUACAAUAUACAAACUAAAAAAAAAAAAUAGGCUUUCAUUGACAUCUACAUGAACUUGUUUGAACAUUCUGUGAAAUAAUAAUGAGACAUACAAACAUGCUACACACAUUACACGUUACUGUAACUAUGGGUGUUAUUGUAACUAUGGAUGUUACUGUAACUAUAGAUGUUACUGUAACUGUGAUGGGAUACCCACUCAUUACAUGUUACUGUAACUGUGGGUGUUACUGUAACUAUGGAUGUUACUGUAACUGUGAUGGGAUACCCACUCAUUACAUGUUACUGUAACUAUGGGUGUUACUGUAACUAUGGAUGUUACUGUAACUGUGAUGGGAAACCCACACAUUACGUGAGUGUUACUGUAACUAUGGAUGUUACUGUAACUAUGGGUGUUACUGUAACUAUGGAUGUUACAGUAACUGUGAUGGGAAACCCACACAUUACGUGAGUGUUACUGUAACUAUGGAUGUUACUGUAACUAUGGGUGUUACUGUAACUAUGGAUGUUACUGUAACUGUGAUGGGAAACCCACACAUUACGUGAGUGUUACUGUAACUAUGGGUGUUACUGUAACUAUGGAUGUUACCGUAACUAUGGGGGAAGUGUACACAGUACACACAUGUUACAUGUUGCUCUUGAAGCGCUUUGAAAUUCUAUAAAAUGUAAUAAAUUAUUAUUAUUGUUAUUAUUACAUGAUUGUUACCUUAACUAUGAUGGGAUACAGACAAGAUAAAGGUGUGUUAGUUUAACUCUGAUGGGAGAUGUGUAAACAAACAUGUUACAUGUGUGUUACUUUAACUGUGUUACAGGUUUAUACAAACAUGUUUGAGUGUUACAUGAUCAGUGGUACAGGUUUAUACAAACAUGUUUGAGUGUUACAUAAUCAGUGGUACAGGUUUAUACAAACAUGUUGGAGUGUGAUUGUUACUGUAACUUUACGGUAAAUGGGAUAUACAGACAGACAGGUAGAAGCAGUGACUGGUGUGUUUACAGUAAUGUCCUGUCAUCAGCUUAGUGGCCUGUACACUGCUCUGCUCUAGUCUGCCUGGCAUUACUUUUAAUGUUGUUGUUAUUCAUCAACAUCUAGGGUUGUGUCUGAAAGGCACCAUGUUCACUAUAUAGUAUAGUACACUACUGUUGACCAGGGCCCAUUGGGUCACCCAUACAAUUCUGUCACAUUGGUCAAAUGUAGUGCACUAUGUAGGGAAUAGGUUUCCAUUUUGGACGCAUCCCUAGGUCUCUGUUGAGAAAACCCUGAUAUGAACCGUCAGUAUGGUAAGAGGAUAUUAUAAUCUUGUUACAGUGAACCAGAACGGCCUGGACACGUAAAAAUACAUUGGCAAAAAAAUAUGCAAAUAAAGCUUUCGGAAAUAUGUUAUAGUCUCACUGAGCGUAAAAGGCAUAAUGUGGUACAAUUAUUUCCUAUUUUCGUGAAUAACACAGCGGUAUAUGUUUUAUCGUCAAUAGGAAUGAGUAUCACUGUUAUUAUAAUUAUUAUUAGGAUUAUUCUUAUUACUAAUAAUAAUAUCGGUGGCAGGCCACUGGGUACCAUUGUAUGUCGAUAUACAAAUGAAAUCUGUGCAAGAUAAUGAUGAAAUGUUUAUGAGUAUAAAAAAAUAAAAGGAAGACUACAGGUCUAUGUGUCAUUA